AUGUGGUCCCAGCUGUCCAUCCAGACUCACUCAGUUUAUACGCCACUGGCCAUCUCUGUACACCAAGUGAGGCAAUUAGUUUCUUCGCAAGUGGGAUUGGGCGUGUUCUCUUCAACCGCGAUUCCUAAAGGAUCUUUUGUGUGUGAGUACGAGGGAGCGGUAAUCUCACACGAUAAAGCAGUCAGUAGGAUGGAAACGAACUGUGGAACCAAAUCUCAUAAUUACGUCAUCAUAUUCAAAGAGAAUUAUUCUUGUGACGACGAUAAACUUACUAAUAGGAACAGCAAUAAUGUGGUAAUGACGUGUAUCGAUGGAGCAGAGGAAGAUUGUGAUAGUAGUGGAGGUGAUUGUGGUGUGUUUGGGUUUGGGAAGAGAGUGAACCACUCUUGUGAUCCAAACCUUCUCCUGGUUCCAGUCCGAGUGGACAGUGAAAUACCCCAUAUAUGCAUGUUCGCAGUGAGGGAUAUUCAACCGCACGUAGAACAACUCUGCUACAGCUACAGGUUCAUAGCAUUCAAAAAGUCGAAUGUUUAG